AUGGCUUGUUUAACUUCUGGUAACUGUCGUACAAUCACGUAUGCUAAAUCAACCGGUCUUUGUCAAUUAUUCGUUGAUAUCCCAAGUCAAUAUGGUAGUUUAGUAGCACAAACAGGUUAUGUAACUUUGACUGUCAUCGAUGCUCGAAGACUAUCACCUCCAUUGUUUCCUGUCCAUGGUGUUACGGUAGCAGGACACAGUGAUGGGACGUCCGGAAAUACAAAUAACGCUCUGACAAAUCCUUGGGGACUGGCAAUUACCACGAACAAUCUGCUUUACGUUAGUGAUUUAGGUAAUUAUAGAAUAAUGAAAAUGAAAAUAGGAAAUCUAACAGGAUCAGUUGCUGCUGGUACAACAGGAGUAUCAGGUAGCACUGCGACUACUUUCUCUUAUCAAACAGAAAUUGCUGUCGAUGCAGCUUCGAAUAUAUAUAUUGCUGAUACUAACAAUUGCAGAGUGAUGUUAUGGCGUAAUAACUCAUCAUCUGGCGUUGUUGUAGGAGGCAAUGGCACUUGUGGAAGUUCAGCCAUGCUGAUUGCUCAUUCAGUUGGGUUGGCUGUCGAUUCGCAAGGAAACAUUUAUGUCGCUGAGACUGAUAAUCAUCGAGUAACGAAAUGGGCAGUAAACGCAACUUCUGGUGUAGUCAUAGCCGGUAUAACAGGUGUGUCAGGUAGUGAUAGUCAACAUCUCUAUUCCCCAUAUGGAUUGUAUCUCGAUGAAAGCCAUUCUUAUCUGUAUAUUGCUGAUUAUUACAAUUAUCGAAUUCAACGAUAUCGUAUAGAUAUACCAUCCAAUGGUACCACAGUUGCAGGUGGAAACGGAUAUGGAUCUGCCAGUAAUCAGCUUAAUCAACCAUACGAUGUAUGUGUUUCGAAGAAAACAGGUGAUAUUUACAUUGCUGACAAAGCUAAUCAUCGAAUUCAACGUUGGAGUGUUGGAGCAACAAGUGCCAUCACUAUUGUAGGUACGACUGGAGUAAGCGGCACUAAUGCGACGCAGCUCAAUGGUCCUUCUAAUGUUAUCUUGGAUAUGAAUGAAACAUUCUUAUAUGUGAGUGAUAUAGACAAUCACAGAGUACAACAAUAUCAACUCCCAUAA